AUGUUUGAUGUGCGCUGGCGAAGAGCAAGUUGCGUCGAGUCGAGUCGCAUCCUCCCUCUCCGUUACCUUAUUAGUCGACAACACUUUUUCACUUCGUCAUCUGUCAAAUCCGUCCUCUUUCGAAUCGUACGGACUUAUGGUCGAUGCUAUUUCGCCACCUGCAUCACAACUCACUCGGUCAAUCGGCACGCCUCCACUACACACGCGCGCUGCAAAGAAGAAUCGCCAGUCCCCAGUCCGCCCACCGGAUUGUUUUCAUUUAUUCUUCAGCUUAAAAAGGGUGAAGCACGUAUCGAAGCCGACUACGAACCCCGAGAAUCUGCUCCGGUCGACUUGCUACGCGACACUGGCGAGCUGUUGUUUCUGACCACCUCGAGUGUGAUUCUCGACCACAACUAG